AUGGAGUUUCUCUGGCGUCUGUUGAUGAUGAUCGGGAUCCUUGCAAGGACUGGGAUGUCUCAGGGCUGCACCCCACCACCAGGGGCUCAGAACUUGGCGCUGGGGCGCCCGGCCACUCAGUCCUCCACGCUCCCAUCUGGCGUGGCUGAGAAAGCCGUGGAUGGAAAACGCGAUGGGAAGUGGGACCAAGGCUCCUGCAGCCACACGCAGCUCAACACAGAGCCGUGGUGGAACGUGGACUUGGGCAGUCGUCAGACUGUCUCCGCGGUGAUCGUGAAGAACAGGGAGGAAUGCUGUGGGGACAGACUCAGGGGGGCCCAGAUUCGUGUGGGAGACUCAGUGAUCGACUAUGGCAAGCACAACCCCAUCUGUGGGACCAUCACCGAUACCAGACUGGGAUCUGUCAGCACCAUCUGCUGCAACGGGCUGGAGGGCCGCUACGUCACCAUCGUCAUCCCAGGCAGGGCGGAGUAUCUCACCCUGUGUGAGGUCGAGGUCCUAGAUCAGGGCUGUGCCCCACCACCAGGGGCUCAGAACUUGGCGCUGGGGCGCCCGGCCACUCAGUCCUCCACGCUCACAUCUGGCAUGGCUGGGAAUGCCGUGGAUGGAAAACGCGAUGGGAAGUGGGAACAACGCUCCUGCAGCCACACCCAGCUCGACACAGAGCCGUGGUGGAACGUGGACUUGGGCAGUCCUCAGUCUGUUUCCGCGGUGAUCGUGAAGAACAGGGAAGAUGAAUGCUGUGGGGAGAGAAUCAGGGGAGCCCAGAUCCGCGUGGGAGACUCGCUGAUUGACCAGGGCAAGCAGAACCCCAUCUGUGGGACCAUCACUGACACCAGACCGGGAUCUGUCAGCACCAUCUGCUGCAACGGGCUGGAGGGCCGCUAUGUCACCAUCGUCAUCCCGGGCAGGGCGGAGUAUCUCACCCUGUGUGAGGUCGAGGUCAUAGCUCAGGGCUGCACCCCACCACCAGGGGCUCAGAACUUGGCGCUGGGGCGCCCGGCCACUCAGUCCUCCACGUUCGAGAAUAAAGAGACAGAAAAAGCCGUGGCUGGAAAGGCCGUGGAUGGAAAACGCGAUGGGAAGUGGGUACAAGGCUCCUGCAGCCACACCCAGUUCGACACAGAGCCGUGGUGGAGCGUGGACUUGGGCAGCCGUCAGUCUGUCUCCGCGGUGAUCGUGAAGAACAGGGAGGACGAAUGCUGUGGGGAAAGAAUCAGGGGAGCCCAGAUCCGCGUGGGAGACUCCCUGGCCGACCAUGGCAAGCAGAACCCCAUCUGCGGGACCAUCACCGAUACCAGACCGGGAUCCGUCAGCACCAUCUGUUGCUACGGGCUGGAGGGCCGCUACGUCACCAUCGUCAUCCCGGGAAGGGCGGAGUAUCUCACCCUGUGUGAGGUCGAGGUCCUAGCUCAGGGCUGUGCCCCACCACCAGGGGCUCGGAACUUGGCGCUAGGGCGCCCGGCCACUCAGUCCUCCACGUACGUCGAUAACGAUGGGACUGGAAAUGCCGUGGCUGGAAAGGCCGUGGAUGGAAAACGCGAUGGGAAGUGGGUACAAGGCUCCUGCAGCCACACGCAGCUCGACACAGAGCCGUGGUGGAGCGUGGACUUGGGCAGUCGUCAGUCUGUCUCCGCGGUGAUCGUGAAGAACUGGGAAGACGAAUGCUGUGGGGAGAGAAUCAGGGGAGCCCAGAUCCACGUGGGAGACUCCCUGGCCGACCAUGGCAAGCAGAACCCCAUCUGUGGGACCAUCACCGACACCAGACCGGGAUCCGUCAGCAUCAUCUGCUGCUAUGGGCUGGAGGGCCGCUACGUCACCAUCGUCAUCCCGGGCAGGGCGGAGUAUCUCACCCUGUGUGAGGUCGAGGUCUACGACACCCAGUUGGGGGAUACGUGCUAG